UUUUUCCCAGCUUCUUAAAGGAAGCUUUGCCGCUCGGCUUUACACCCGCGGUCCAUGUUUCUGCUUCUCCUCUAGCCCUAGAACAGAAGCAGUUCCCCCCUCUCUCUCUCUAAAAAAUGAAGCUCGUUAGGUUUUUGAUGAAGCUGAACAAUGAGACGGUCUCCAUUGAGCUCAAGAAUGGGACAGUUGUUCAUGGCACUAUCACUGGAGUGGAUAUCAGUAUGAACACACAUCUUAAGACGGUGAAGUUGACACUGAAAGGCAAGAAUCCGGUGACCCUUGAUCACCUUAGUGUGAGGGGCAACAACAUACGAUACUAUAUCCUCCCUGAUAGUCUAAACCUCGAGACUCUUUUGGUUGAGGAGACACCUCGAGUCAAACCCAAGAAGCCUACUGCAGGGAGACCUCUUGGGCGUGGCCGAGGACGUGGGCGUGGGCGUGGACGCGGCCGUGGCCGUUGAUUUCUUGGUUACCAAAGUCUACAGUUUUUCUCGUGCAAUUGAGUACUAUGUUGAUGUAUAUUGUAGACAUUUUGAAGAGAAUCUUUAUUUGAGGCCUAGCAUGUUUCUUCUUCACUUAUCUUGAAGCAUACACGUUUAUGGAUACAUAUAUUGGCUGUGGCAUUUUGGUGGUUUAAGAGCGUUCCGCCUUUUUGGUGUCUA